AUGUCUUCACGUAAGGGAAAAAGUGCACCGGUGCAGCGGUCCAGGUCCUUGUCUCCGGCGAGCAGCGUGGAGUCAGGAAGAGGAGUGGAAAAGAGGAUUCAUGACCUGGAGGAGCUGCUCAGACUGAAGACGGACGAGAACGAGGAGCUGCGGAGGGCCCAUGAGAAACGCCACGAGCGCCUGCGUCUCGUCCAGACCAACUACCGGACGGUCAAAGACCAGCUCCGAGAGGUGGAGGAUGCACAGGGCCUGCCCAGGGGCAGGGCCCAGCAGCGGGCAGAGCCGUGGCAGCUCCGCCAGGAGAACAGCGAUGCGGUGUGGAACGAGCUGGCCUACUUCAAACACCUCAACAAGAAGCUCACUACACAAAAGACUAACCUAGAGGAGGAGCUGGAUGUGUUGCGUGUCCAGGCUGCUAUGGACCGGGCCACUGUACAGGAGCUGAGGCUGUGUCUUCAGAACGAACAACAAGAGCUUCUUCACAAAGUGGCAGCCGAUCCGAAGGUCAAGAACAGCACUCCCAAAAAGCCCUCUGCCGAGAGAGUGGAGCAGUCGCUGAAGAAGAUAGAACAGUUGGAGAGGAGGACGGUGUCCAUGGAGCAGGAGACCGAGAGGCUGAGGGAGGACAACCAGGACCUCCAGGAGGCCAACACAGCUCUAACCCAGGACAAGGAGCACCUCCAGGGCUCUCUGGCCCGCCUCCGCACCCAGGGGGCUGCUCGCGACGAGGCGGCCCAUGCCCAGGCACUCGCCCAGGAGGAGAGACACCGCGCCAAGGCCCUGGCCCUGGAGACCCAGCUGGAGGGGGCCAGGAGGGAAGCCGGACGCACCCGGCAGCAGCUGCUCCGGCUCAGGCAGGAGCUGGGCAUCCUGAGGGCGGCCCGGGACUUCAACAGGAGCCAGAGACAACCCAAGGCUAACAUGCUAACAGGGCUGGCCGCAGCAGCCACAGCAGGGGGAGGAAUAAGUGGAGGGGCAUUAGCAAACAGCAAGGUCAAAUUCAAAACAGGCAUGCGACCCAGAGGCCCAGCGCGGCUGCACCGCCACCGAGCGGUUGGCCCCAAUCAAGCCAUCGGAGGGGGAGGCCGCAGCCCUGCUAGGGACGACUGGGAGGACAUAAGCGCGGACAGUGGAGAGGAGUACUCUGACAGCCUGGACAGUCACCCAGUCAAGUCACACAGGUACGCAGCCGCCUCAGAACAGCCAGCGGAAGAAUUCUCCAGAACGCAGCCCGAUGUUCCGAACCAUGGAUAUAAACAGAGGGAGCCGGGGGAGGAAGGAGGGAAGAGACGGAGUGAGAGAAAGAGGAGGAAGGCCCAGAGGUGCGGCUGCUGCGCUCCCGCCUCACUGCGCGGGCGCGUUCUGGCGCUCCAGCGCCAUCUCGCCGUUUUACAGACCGCCCGGCGUGAUGCCCAGCGCUCCUCCCAGGAGCUGCGAGACGCCAACGAGAAGAUCACGUCGCAGCUCGUCCAGAGACUGAACGUCAGCAAGCAGUUAUCACAGAAGCUGACCUCUGACCUGGCGGGUGUAGAGCAGCAGAAGAAGGUGCUGGAGAUGGAGCUGGAGCAGUGGAGGCAGAUCCACAGGACCAACACCCCCCAGCAGCUCCCCUCUACCGCCCCCCAGCCCCUGGAGACCCCCAGCCCGCCUGUCCUUAAAGCCCUGGAGGCAGAGGUCAAACAGCUCCACACUAAACUGAAGAGCUCCAAGGCGGAGGUGACGAGGCACACGUCGGCUAACAAAGCCCUGCGAGCCCAGCUGCUGGAGAGAGAGGAGAAGCUCAGAGAACUGCAGGAGAAGGUGAUCCACACAGAGAGAGACGUGCACAUGAAGAGGCAGCUGGUGGAGGACGUGAAGACCAGGAUGAAGUUCCUCCUGGAGACUGAGAGGACACACAGAGGACUGGUGGAGGAGCUGGAGAAGAAAGUGAAGACCUUGACAGAGGAGGCCACUAACAGGAAGGCCUUUAUAGACUCUCUGAAGAGGAGGCUGAGUGUAGCCACUAAAGAGAAGAGUCAGUAUGAGACGACCUGUCAGGAUCUCAAGGAGGGCCUGGACAAGAAGGAGCAGUGUGUGGAGGCCCUGCAGGCCCGUGUGAGGGCCAGUGAGCGGGCCCAGGCUGAGCUGGAGCAGACAGCCUCCCGUCAGAUGGAGGGUCUGACCCAGCAGAGCACCGUGGCCCUGGAGGCCCUGCACAGACGACUGGGCCUGGCCCACACACAGCUGGACCAGCUACAAGCCUUCAUUAAGGCUCUGGCAAGCGAAACUCUCCGUGAGGUGCAGGACGCCAAAUCGCAGCUGAGGAAGAACAGGAAGAUGGCGGAGAAGAAGAAGGCAGUAGGGGCCGGAGGGCUGUCCAAGCAGUCCAUGGUCAAGGCCCAGUCCAUUGCUGCAUCCAUCCUCAACAUGACCGAGAUGGACCUGGCUGAAAUGCUGGACACCGAUGAGGAGGAGGAGGAUGUGGCAGCAGACAGCAGGAGAGACCAGGAGUGGCUGGACCAGGUCAUGAAGGUGCUCCAACAAGAGAUCCCCUCUGCUGCUCUCCUAAUGGAGGUGCUGUGUGUGAAGAUGAAGGAGAGGAAAGUGCUGACAGAAGCGCUGGCCGAGCUCACAACACCAGUCAGCGAAAUCGCCUGACUCCCACUCCGGGGCUGAGGGCUGCGGCUGGGAAAAACUGUCAUCCUCUCACUCUCCUCCUCCUCUUCUCUCUCCAUCCCUCCUUCGUGCCCAGGCCUUUCUUUCUCAGCGGGGGCUGAGUUGGCCAAGUCGACAUGAAGUUGCUCUCUCUGUGUGUGUGCGUGUGUGUGUGCGUGAGCGCGCACGUGUAUGAAGUUGCCUCCAUGCCGCGCUUCCAGAACCAAUAUUUACGAGAAAAGCGCUGUCGACUCACUCCAAGCCACUCGCUCACGCAGCGGUCUAGUGCCGUGCCGGGGCCCAGCCUUUGUAAAUGAGCCCCCAACAUCUGCGUUAGUGGUUAGCGCGCUCCAUCUGCGAGACAGGGCCCUUUAGCGUCAGGCUAAUUUACAGUACAGAGACAAACGCUCUCUUUCUCUCCCUACUCCAAACGCCAUCCUGAGGUGAUGAUAACAUUAUGCUUACGUUUUUACUUCAAGUUAGACAUGAUUUGUUAUGUUUUUUUUAUUUAGAUAUUUUCAGUAAUUUAUUGUGGAUCUCAAGGACCCCCCAGGGUGCUCGGAGUGGGACCUGACCCAACAGUGCAGACUCAACGAAAGAAAAAGUACACUCUUAAAGUAAGAAGCAGACAUACUCUCUCUCCUCUUAGGAUAUACUGGACUCAAACCCGACACAUGCAUUCCAUGUCCCAUUUGGACCGAUGGAUUCCAUUGUUCCAUUCACGUUUCAGUGACCAAAUGCUCUUAACGUGAAUGAUAUCAUAAAAUAUACAUUUUGUUUGUUAUGUCUAGGUGUAUUCUGAAAUGUAUUUUAUUUACAUUUGUGUGUUCACUUCAUAUUGUAUUCUGCAAUAGGUAAUUAUGUUAUAUUGUUAAUUGAUUGAAACUGAAUUUAAAUAAAAGUGUGUUGCCAAUUGUUUAUUUUUA